GUGGUUGUAGAGAAGGAAGUGAAAGGAGAAGCCAGAUCUUAGGCUGGGUAGUAGGUAGUUAGCUGAUUGAAAGACAAGAAGGGUAGCGCUCUAGCAAAUGCCAAAUUCAUAACUAUUUAUUGAUAUAUUAACCCGCUAGUUUACGAUACGUUUUGGUGUUUACACCAAGGAAACACUUUGGGGCAAUUUGUGCGGAGCCGUUGCCUAAUUAACGCUGGCCGACAAGUCGAGCUCCGGAGAGCUAGCUGGCUAACGUAACGCCUAAUUCGGUUAGCUGUCCUAAACAAUAACAGCUAGUUAGCUCACAGCUGGCUCCGAAACGAUCCAGAAGUCGCUUCUCCAGAGUGUUCCCAACUUCAAGCUGAACAAUGACGUCUAGGAAGAAAGUUCUCCUUAAAGUCAUCAUCCUGGGAGAUUCUGGAGUUGGAAAGACCUCCCUAAUGAACCAGUAUGUGAACAAAAAGUUUAGUAACCAGUACAAAGCAACAAUAGGAGCAGAUUUCCUCACCAAGGAAGUAAUGGUGGAUGACCGACUUGUUACAAUGCAGAUCUGGGACACAGCUGGUCAGGAAAGGUUUCAGUCAUUGGGUGUUGCGUUCUACCGCGGAGCAGACUGCUGUGUGUUGGUUUUUGACGUGACCGCGCCCAACACCUUCAAGACACUCGACAGCUGGAGGGAUGAGUUUCUAAUCCAAGCCAGCCCCCGAGAUCCUGAGAACUUCCCUUUUGUGGUGCUAGGCAACAAGAUUGACCUGGAGAACAGACAGGUGACCACUAAAAGGGCUCAGGCUUGGUGUCAGAGUAAGAACAACAUCCCUUACUUUGAGACCAGCGCCAAGGAAGCCAUAAAUGUAGAACAAGCAUUCCAGACAAUUGCACGUAACGCUCUCAAACAGGAGACGGAGGUGGAGUUGUAUAAUGAAUUCCCAGAGCCCAUAAAGCUGGAUAGGAAUGAUAGAGCAAAACCGUCUGCAGAAAGCUGCAGCUGCUGAGGGACAAACUGGACCAUCUUCUCCCAUCAUGUCAUCGCCCUGUUGCAUCUCAUUGGCCUCGCUCCCAAGGAAACAAUUUUCCUUACUGGUCUUCCUCACUCACCGCUCCAUUGACACCAACCCUGUAUGCUGCACAUGGAUGUAUGUCACCCUCUCCUUCCUCAUUUAGUACAUAAAUUAAUACACUAGUGAACCCUUAUAUAAAACAUGACAAAUCCAGUGCAGUUAAAUCACAUGCAAGAAGAAAAACACCCUUUGUGACCUCAUACCUCAUGACUUGGUAGUGAGUGAACUUCUGUAUUGCGCCAGGUUUUGCCCCUGACACACUGAGAGGGUGAAGUGGUGGAGCCAUGUUCCAGAGCGAGCUCUCACAUCGAGCUCUGUGUUGUGAGAUGAUGUUGGCUAAUCCCAAGAUACAGCAUCCCAUACUCUGCUUUCUGCUUGCUUUCUUUUGCGCCUUUUUCAUGAAAUAAACUAGCAGAACUAAAUAAAUAUAUGUUGUAAUUGGCUAUUAAUUUAAAAGCCGAUCUGAAACACUUGUGGUUUUGCACUUUUUAUGUUUCUUUUUUGCCUUUAAGUGUUAUGGAGGGAUGGCUGAUUUUUUUUGGGCAACAUCUUCUAUCACAUGCCUUUUGGUGAGCUCCAGAUUUAUACCUCCUCCAUCCCCUCCCUCCGAAUAUCUCCUGAGAAUCUUCUGAACAAUCUGGUGAUUGUAUUGCCUUUUCACUUCAGGAUUAGGGUUUUUAACUGCCUCACACUGCUGAAUAUAUGUGACUGUGUCAAGUAAAAGUUGAUUAGGCAGUCACAGUGUAACAAGUUAAAUCCUUGAUAUAUAAAGUUUGCCUUUUAUGUAACAUUACUUGUACUGCUACUAUAACUGCUGUAUGUGUUAUGUCCUCAUCAUACUCUUCUCAAUGAUAAAGAAUUACUAUAUGCAUCACAACACUGCAUACACCUGUCUUCUGUCCUGUCUUCAUUAUUGCUGUUCUAUCUGCUUGUAGCUCAGGUCGGCUCAGUACUUAAUAUUUUUAACGGAUUGUGUAUUACGGUGUAUAGACGGUAUAGAACGGAAAUCUGUUUCUUCUUUCCAUUUAAAGAAAAUAUUCAACAAUUUGCCCUGGUAUUACUCUGUUUUUUUUUUUUGUCUUCUUUCCUUACAGAAAACAUUACAGCAAUGCCAAUGAUGUUGUAAAAGAAAAUUUGAACGUCAAAUAAUAAAACUCUUGAAUAUAUUAA